CCAAAUUCCUCCUAUUUAUUCCUCUUUAUAUACAAUCCCAUCACACCUGGUUGCAUGAACUAACUGGCAGUUUAGUAGAAGAUAGCUCGUCUCUGCGGAUAACUCUCUUGACUUCAUAUCGCGGUGAUUUCAUCAGCCGCCAUUGAUGGCUCCUCUUACACUCUCCGUUAAGCCGCAAGACUCUUCCAUUUCAGAUGCGUCUACUAAGAGAAAGCAGAACUUGAAUGUGAGAAAUUGUUUUGCAUCUGUUACCGUGGGACAGGAAAAUCCAUUUGACUUCUUACGCACUUUGAUUGAGGGUGUUAUUGCAGGUGGUACAGCCGGUGUUGUUGUUGAAACAGCUUUAUACCCCAUUGACACUAUAAAAACACGUCUGCAGGCUGCCCGUGGAGGAGAAAAACUAGUAUUAAAAGGCCUUUAUUCUGGAUUGGCAGGGAACCUUGCUGGUGUCUUACCGGCAUCUGCUUUAUUUGUUGGAGUUUAUGAACCUGUAAAGCAGAAAUUGCUAAGGAUGUUUCCUGAAAAUCUGAGUGCUUUUGCUCAUUUAACUGCAGGUGCUAUAGGGGGCAUUGCUGCAUCUUUUGUUCGCGUUCCAACAGAGGUUGUCAAGCAACGAAUGCAAACUGGGCAGUUUACGUCAGCAUCUAAUGCUGUCCGCUUUAUUGCAUCUAAGGAGGGCUUUAGAGGAUUUUAUGCUGGGUAUGGAUCUUUUUUACUGCGGGAUUUGCCCUUUGAUGCUAUUCAGUUUUGCCUCUAUGAGCAGAUUCGAUUAGGUUAUAUGCUUGCGGCACGAAGAAAUCUGAAUGAUCCAGAAAAUGCCGUUAUUGGUGCUUUUGCAGGCGCACUAACCGGAGCAAUAACUACGCCCCUUGAUGUCAUCAAGACAAGGUUAAUGAUUCAGGGACCUGCAAACCAAUAUAAGGGAAUUGUGGAUUGCGUUCAAACCAUUAUUAAGGAAGAGGGACCUGGUGCUUUUUUGAAGGGUAUUGGGCCAAGAGUACUUUGGAUAGGCAUAGGUGGUUCAAUAUUCUUUGGCGUCCUUGAGAGUUCAAAACGUUUCCUUGCUGAGAGGCGUCCUACAAAAGCUCCGCGCAUAAACUCAGAAAAAAGUGAAGAUUAAGAAUAUGAUUUUUUAUUCUAUGAAUUUUGUAUAAUGUAUCAUCCCUCUGGUUAACUUUCAUCUAGUUUUGUAGCAUUUGAGGCUUAAAAUUAAUACUGAGGUAUUUAGGAAAUAGAAUAUUAUGGCAGAAGUUGAUCCAUGUAGCUGAUUCUAUUUAAUGGAAUAAGGCUUGGAUGUUAUUGUUGAUAA